AACUUAUAUUAAUAUACAUUAUACUUUAUGUAUAUAAUAGUACAAAGUGUCCGCGUUUCGCACUUUUAAUCCUUGACCGUACAAAGUGACCUAGAACCAAGACAGGGUACUGUAACUCCCACACAUUAUCAAGUCAUUGAAGAUACACUUGGACUUCCUCCGAAUAUUAUGCAAAGACUUACAUUCAAGUUGACCCAUAUGUACUACAAUUGGUCGGGUACAGUUCGAGUUCCUGCUCCAUUUCAGUUGGCUCACAAGUUGGCAUUCCUCACUGGGCAAAGUCUCAGACGUUCGCCCAACCUUGGAUUGGAUGAGUUGUUAUACUUCUUUUAAUAUACCUUUUUUCUGAUAAUAUGUCAUUCAACUAUGAUUACUGUAUAAUAAUAAUUUUUAUGAAGAAAUAUUUAAAUUGUAAUAGUUGUUGUACUUCUGUUAUAUAUUACUGUUACUUUUUAUUUUAAGUUUUAUUGAUUUUUUUUUCAAUUAAAUUUCUUCUUGGCUUUAUAACUUUUACUGUUUUUAAGUUAUUACAUAUCAAUUAAUUUACUACCAACACAUGUUUAGUAUCUUAUUUGAAUGUUUGUUGUUAUGGCGUAUAGAUUAUGAUAAUUCAACUGCUUAAGACUAUUAUAUUUUGUAUUGUAUUCUGUAUAUAGUCUGUGACACUCCGGUAUAUACGAUAUACCAGAUCCGAUCUCAAGACUUUUAGGGCUCUGCCGAGUAUAAAAUUGAAGAUCACACAUUUCAUAAAGUCUCUAUUAAUGUGUAGUGUUCAAGCAGUUGCGUGUAACAUAGGGUCAAGGGGUGGGUAUCAAUAGAUGAAAAAAUAGGUCACUUUGUAGGUCGAUAUAACAGUAAUAUAAGAGGUAGGUCUCAUAAAAUGAUUUGAGCAACACCAAUUUUUUUUAUGAUACAUGCCACUGUGUUCAAGCAUGUAACCAGGAUUACACAAUAGGGGUAUACUUAUUAUGUCCAAUAUUUAUAUAGAACUCCAAUCCCCGUACAAAAUAUUCAUUGAAAAUAUACAAAUUAUGUAU